UCACCACUACCCAAAGUGAGCUGUGCAAUUGACAUUACAGAGGUGACAAGAUGGCUGGUGUUGUAAGAAGUGGGGCACUCAGCAUGGCACUGAGAAUCGGGGCUAGAACUCGCCCUCAAACGGGGCUGUUUCCCCAGACGAGUUUGACCCAUCUCGCCCGACAUGCCAGUGGACUGCCCAUGAAUACUGUCAUCUUGUUCGUUCCACAACAAGAGGCCUGGGUGGUGGAACGGAUGGGCAGAUAUCACAGGAUUCUUGAACCGGGUUUCAACCUCCUCAUUCCAAUUCUGGACAGAAUUAAGUAUGUUCAGUCACUCAAGGAAAUCGUCAUUGAUAUCCCAGAGCAGAGUGCUAUCACAAUAGAUAACGUGACACUGCAAAUAGACGGGGUAUUGUACCUGAGGAUUUUGGACCCAUACAAGGCAAGUUAUGGUGUUGAGGACCCAGAGUAUGCUGUAACACAACUAGCACAGACCACUAUGAGGUCAGAAAUAGGUAAAAUAACAAUGGAUCAAGUUUUCAAAGAAAGGGAGGUUCUGAAUGUUGCAAUUGUAGAUGCCAUUAACCUUGCUGCAGAUGCUUGGGGGAUGAGGUGUUUGAGAUAUGAAAUACGUGACAUCCAGAUGCCAGACAGAGUGAAGGAGGCCAUGGUCAUGCAAGUGGAGGCCGAGAGGAAGAAGAGGGCAGCCAUUUUGGAAUCAGAAGGUCUGAGGGAGGCAGAGAUCAACGUUGCUGAGGGGAAGAAGAAAGCCCGCAUUCUGGCAUCAGAGGCUGUUAGGAUGGAGGAGACCAACCGAGCAGAGGGAGAGGCCAAUGCAAUCACCCUUCGAGCCAAGGCCAGGGCGGAAUCCUUGCAGGUUGUAUCAGAGGUCAUCGGAAAGCAGUAUGGGUCCCAGGCAGCGUCGCUGAACGUAGCGGAACAGUACGUGCAAGCUUUCAGCCACCUGGCGAAGACAGGCAACACACUGGUCCUGCCGUCCAACACAGGAGAUGUCAGCAGCAUGGUCGCUCAGGCUAUGGCUAUCUACGGAAACCUCAACCAACACAAUCAGAAACAGUUGGAAGCUCCAGACACUACAACUACUGAAGAAAAGAAGGAAGAUUCCCCCAUGAAAGAUGUAGUAUUGUACAUUGUAGUGAAAGAUACGUUCAUGUGCAUUUCUCUCCCAUACAGUAAACAAUUAGAUGUUUUUGUAUUUUAUUAUUAAGUUAAUAACAGUGUACAGCCUUAGACCUUUUGGCAUUAUUCAAUUUAUUCACUGAUUUAGUCACUGAAGUUUGUGCCCAUACCUGUGAUAUAUUCAGUAAUAUGAAUAAAGAAAUUCCUUUAGUGGUGGAGUCCCCAAAAUAAGCAUAUGUACUUGUCAUGCAAAGCUACAAAUGUAAGUUGUACCAAUUUUAGUGGUAUUCGUUCCAGCGAUCCGUUUUGUACCAACUUCAUGGCAUGAACUUCCUUGAACUACAUUUUGUAUCAAAUACUUUUUGUGUGAAGUACCCUUAAAUGCCUCUAUUUUGCACCAAGAAUAGCAUCAGAAUUCAUUUGAUUUCUUCUUGCGACAAACUGUAAAAUGAAAAGGCUUAGAAUCUGUGCUAGUCUGCAGUAACUAGGUACAUGUAUCAUGAUUUAUCUCAGUCAGAGUCUGACAGCAGUCUUGAGAAACUACAAUGUAUGUCUUUUAAGGUAAGACCAUAGUAUGACUGACACUUCUGUGUGUCAGAAUUUUCUGAUCAAAUGUACAUUAAUGAUUUUCCAAUUUUGUUUACUGGUGCAAAAGAGAUGUACAUGUAAUACCUUUUGAAAAGUUUGACAUAAUAGAAGCUUCCUGUUUAAACAAGUA